GUUCGCGGCUGUAGCUGAAGGACAUACUUAGAAGAAAGCUUACAGAAGAGAAUGACUAGGAGGAUCGGCGAUACCACAGAGCUUAUAAGGGCGAUGUUUGGUCGUGUAUCGCAAGGUAACUCAUUCAAGUCCUAACUUUAUAAACACCUAACUUCUGCUGGACUCCAGACUUCGUAGUGCGCCUGCGCCUUGCCCUUGGCUGCGUGGUUGCCAGGAAACCGCGAAGCCGCGGUCCCUGCCUCUGAGUCUCUCUCGACCAUGGCCAAAUUCGUCAUUGCGGGUAGAGCAGAUUGUCCAUAUUAUGCUAAAACAGAACUUCUGGCAGACUAUUUACAAAAGAAUCUUCCUGAUUUUCGGAUACAUAAAAUCACACAACGUCCUGAGGUUUGGGAGGAUUGGCUAAAAGAUGUGUGUGAAAAGAAUAAGUGGAGUCACAAGAAUUCCCCUAUCAUAUGGAGAGAGCUGUUGGAUCGUGGAGGAAAGGGUUUGCUUUUGGGAGGAUAUAAUGAGUUCCUGGAGCAUGCCCAGCUUUACUAUGAUGUCACCUCUAGCAUGACGACUGAGUUGAUGAUGGUAAUUGCUCAAGAGAACCUGGGGGCACAUAUAGAAAAAGAGCAGGAGGAAGAAGGCCUGAAAACUUGCAUCAACCCCUUGCAGGUCUGGAUCACCAGUGCCUCUGCUCCUGCCUGCUACAACCUAAUUCCCAUAUUGACGAGUGGCGAAGUGUUUGGGAUGCAUACAGAAAUUAGCAUAACUCUAUUUGACAACAACCAGGCAGAAGAAUAUCUCAAAAGCCUUGUGCUGGAGACCCAGGACCUAGCGUCACCCGUCCUGCGCAGUGUCUCCAUCUGCACGAAGGUGGAGGAGGCCUUCUGCCAGGCCCACGUCAUUGUGGUGCUGGACGAUAGCACCGACAAGGAGGUGUUCACUCUGGAGGACUGCCUCCGAAGCAGGGUGCCUCUGUGCAGGCUCUAUGGUUACCUGAUAGAGAAAAAUGCUCAUGAGUCCGUCAGAGUCAUCGUGGGAGGGAAAACCUUUGUGAACCUGAAGACAGUUUUACUCAUGAGAUAUGCCCCACGCGUCGCACACAACAUUAUUGCCGUGGCACUGGGGGUGGAAGGUGAAGCGAAAGCCAUACUGGCCAGAAAACUGAAGACAGCUCCUUCAUACAUUAAAGAUGUGAUCAUUUGGGGUAAUAUCAGUGGAAAUAAUUAUGUUGAUCUGAGAAAAACAAGGGUGUACAGAUAUGAGAGUGCCAUUUGGGGACCUCUUCAUUAUUCACGCCCUCUUUUAAACUUGAUUUUUGACAGUGAGUGGAUAAAAAGAGAAUUUGUGGCAACUCUUAAAAACUUGACCGCCACAGGAAGACAAUUUGGAGGCAUUUUGGCUGCACACAGUAUAGCCACUACGUUGAAAUACUGGUAUCAUAGCUCACCGCCUGGAGAGAUUGUAUCUUUAGGAAUAUUGAGUGAAGGCCAGUUUGGUAUUCCUAAAGGGAUCGUCUUUUCUAUGCCUGUGAAAUUUGAGAAUGGAACUUGGGUGGUUCUUACAGAUCUCAAAGAUAUUGAAAUAAGUGAACAAAUAAUGACCAGAAUGACAAGUGAUCUAAUUCAGGAGAAACUUGUUGCACUUGGAGACAAGAUACAUUUUCAGCCAUACCAAUCAGAACAUAAAGAUCUAGUCCCUCAUGAAGAAAAAAAUCCAGUUAUGUCAGACGCAGCAGAUUUUCUAAAUCAGAUUCCUCAAACCACCUUUGAAAAGCCACAGAGUCUUGAGUUCCUAAAUGGUUUUGAACGUAAAACUGUGGAAUCCUAACAGAUCAAAUUGGAUGAAAUACAUAAUUACUUGGUAGCAUAAUAAAUAUAGAAAGAAUUUACAUAAAUGUCUAUAUUGAAGGAAGAAUAAUUUGAAAGAUUUAUGUCAGUCUUAGAUAAUACCAUGCAAGGCAAUUAAAUCACUGUGACAACAUAAA